CUUUCGUUCAAACUUGUUCAUGCAUAGACUUAUUUAUAAAGAAAAAAGUGUUUUGUUGUAAAUGUUUUAAUUCCCUAUUUGCAAUUCAAUUUAUAUGUAAAUAGAUUGGUCGAUUUGUCAGAAUGCUUCUUAGGUAACUUAUUGAGUGGUUGUGGGUUCCAAACCUCCUAUCGCGUUAUAUAACUAUGAAAUAAUCUGGUGACAAAAUGUUAGGGAACCUCAUAAUCAUGGUUGACUGUCAUACAUUGACAGUGAUUUAUUCUCGGUUUAAAAAAAUAGCAUACACUGUCUGUAUAAAUGCACUUCAUGUAAGUUAACUACUAGCCGAAAAUGAAAUUCACCCCUGCAUUAAGUAUGUAUCAACAUAUACUCGUUAAUAUAAAAAUAGUCUGGUAAAAUUACCCAUUCAUAGAAAUUUAACACUUUUGAUGGAACUUUUACUUCUGCAUAGAGUGAAAGAAUUCACGAACUUUGUAGGUGCAAAAGGACACUAACAUCGGUGGAAUCUCUGCUGCCGCAGACUAUUGUGUAAAUUUACACAACUUUUUCACAGUUUAUCGUGUUCCUAGUGAUAACAUACAGUAGUAUUAUAAAAUUCAUUAUCAGUAUUCUAAAGCACCAACUCUCUAAAUCACCUGGUAUUCCACUACACUUAAAAUAUUCAAAGUAACCAUCUGAAAUCAUGCAAAGCUUUGGUGGGAAGCUGGGUAAGAAUGUAAUAACAACAGCCGUUCACUCAUUGAUGACACCAAGCUAGCACAGUCGUCCGCCACCCUCGCCAACACAAUAAAACCAAUUUUUAGACAGCAAUGAAUUGCGAGUCGGUUACGCAUAAGAAGAGUUGUUUUUUGGUUAUUAGCAUUUUUUUUUCAACGAAUAGAUAAGUAAUUAAGCUGCAGCAAAAAAGUUCACUGUACUUAGAGAAGCAGGCACAUGGAAAUCGGAUGUUGUGACAACUGUAUCUUGCAAGGCGUAUUAAAAUAAACAUAGUGUUAAAACGUGGAGUGACACAGACUAAGUAAAAUUCGUUUUAAAUUGUAUGUUGUCAUAACAGUUCACUGUGAUAAAUAAAAGUUUCAAAUGACAGACGUGUGAUUAAACUGAUUUUUUUUUCAGCGAGGAUAUUUCUGGAUUGGAUUGCUCAUUCUUGCCAAGUGAAGAAGUAUCGAAUGUUGAAAUUCUUCCAAAUGAAACUGCUGAAACUGUGACAAUGAAAGAAAAAAUCGUUCAAGGACGUCGUUUUGUAAAUAUGAGUCACAUGUUAAACCAACUCACAUCUUUAGCUACUCAUGUGCUACAGUGCACAACAGGUCGCUUUGAACUUCAGUCCGAAAAAAGAAUUGGCAUUGUCAGCUACUUCACUUAUAAAUGCAUGAUGUGUGAAAAGCAAGGAUAAUUUCAACGGAAAAAGAAGAAGAGGAAUUAAAUGAUUUAUUUGUGUGGGGAUCAUUAUCAGUUGGGAUUGGACACCAACAAGUAGAAGAAAUGAUGGCAGUAAUGGAAGUCCCUGUAAUGAGUAAACGGAAAUGGACGAGACAUGAACAGCGAGUUGAAAAGGCAUGGGAAGACAAACUGGAAAAAUACAUGCUUGCUAAUGGAGUCCAAGAACGUGAAAUCGCUCUAAAGAAGGGCAACAUAGAUGAAGAUGGAAUCCCUUACAUUACAGUCUAUCAAAAUGGCGGUUGGUGUACAAGAUCAUACGGCCAUGGUUUUACUGCAAAAUCAGGAGUUGCUUGCAUAAUUGGAGCCGAAACUAAUGGUUUGCUGUACGUUGGAAUACGCAACAAGUAUUGUUAUAUAUGUAACAACCAAGAAAAACCAGGCAGCAAAUCCAGGCCACAUAAAUGCUACAAAAAUUAUAAAGGAACUUCAACAGGAAUGGAACAAGAAAUUAUUGUACAAGGUUUUAAAGAAAGCGAAUCGAUGCAUGGGGUACGUUAUUUGUACAUUAUCAGUGACGGUGAUUCAAGUUCGUAUCUGAAGAUUCAGCGAGGUGUUUCAUAUGGUAGACAUGUAGUGAAAUUGGAAUGUGCCAACCAUAUGAUAAGAAACUACACUAGCAAACUACAUGCCAUUACCAAGGAUACCACUCACGUCAUCACUGCAAGGCGUCAAUUGUCCCAGUUAAUUCCUCGAUUGACGAGAGGGGCACGAGCAGCUAUUGCUUCUGCAAAUAAAGAGUGCAAUAGUACUAUGCUGCAAAAAGAUUUGAAGAAUGGUCCUUACCACGUAUUUGGCGAUCACGAGAAUUGCCGAGACACAUUUUGUGUUAGGAAAGGUACGGGCGAGCUAAACAAUGUUCCAAUUAUGUCUGCAACAACUAUAUGGCCAGCUAUAAUGAAAGCACUAGACCCACUCAUUACCAAGGCUGACAAGUUGUUAGGUAAUAAAACAACUAACCAAGCAGAACGCUUCAUGAGUUUGAUUUCAAAAUUUUCCGGUGGCAAACGGACAGAUGUCUCAAAAAGUGGUCGGUACAAAAGGUGCUGCUUGGGUGCUAGUCUGUCACACAUCAAAGGUCCGAACUGGCACCUUUCACCAGUAAAAACUCUAUUAGGUCGUAGCCCAGGUUCAGUGACAAAGCGAGUUUUAAAUGCACGCGCGACAGCUGUUGAAAGGAAUCGCAAAAGAAGGUUAUCUGACAGUCGUAGAUCUGCCAAAAGAAAAUGUGUAUUUUCUCAGCCAGAUUGUGACUAUGGACCCGAAGCUUCCCAACCCGAUAUUUCUACAGAGGAAAUGGAGAGAAAGAAAACGAAGGUCUUGAAGCGGCUCGAAAGUUCAGUUUCUUCCGAACAUCUGUGUCAUGAACUGGAGAGAAAUACGGUCGGCCAACAUUGUAAUGUUGUUUGGAGGGAAGCAAGACUAAACAGACUGACUGCAUCGUCAUUCUCUAAAGUUUGCAAAAUGAGAUGUGACACAUCUUGCCACAAUAUGGUGGUUUCAAUAGUGAACCCCAAGGAUAUCAACACAGGCGCAAUACGGUACGGACGUAUGCAUGAAAGUACCGCAAUUAAAGCUUACGAAAAUAAGUUCCAAAAAAAAGUGUCCCCUUGUGGACUUUUUGUUCACCCAUCGUACCCUUAUCUUGGAGCAAGUCCGGAUGGAACAGUUGAGAACGACACUAUCAUUGAAGUUAAAUGUUUCCCUUCCAUCAACAACCUUAAAGUUAACAAUUCUCCUGUAAAAUCUAUACGAGAGGCUUCCAAAGUAAAAAACAUAGGUGUUCACACUAACAGUGAAGACAUGUUGGAACGGAAAAGAACACAUCCUUUUUUCUACCAAAUUCAAGGACAAUUGAAUAUUUCGAAAAGGAAGCAGUGUGUGCUGAUUUUAUUUUGUGACUUUGAUACCGAAUUCGUCCACGUUCAGUGCGACGAGACCUUUUGGAAAAAAGACAUGCUUCCGAAGUUAGAACGGUUUUACUUUAACUGUGUUCUUCCUGAGAUUGUUGACCCGAGGAAUGUUCGUGGACUGAAAUGCAGAGAUCCUGAAUACAUAGAAGAAGCAAAGUCAAAGAAACUUAACAAAGAAGUGAAGACAUUUUAAAAUUUAUUAGUUAUGUGACACUUUUUGUUCUUGAAUCUAAUUAGUUUUAUUAUUGUUAGUAUAUAAUUUGUUGUAUUUGAAAAUUUAAUCAGUAAUUUAGAGAAAGCAAUCCAGACUAAUAAUACAUAUUUCUCUUUUAAAUACGUUAUGUUUUCCAUGGACUUGUGGUGUAAUCUCCAGACUACAGUUAAAAAUAACAGUCUGAAAGUAAGUUCAUUCUAUGUAAAAUUUCUAGAAGGUGGAGAAACAGAAACAAACAUUUGGAAGUGGUGUGUUAUCAGUCUUGGGAUGUACAUGUAGUGCUGCACACUAUAUUAAAAUGCUUUAACAAAAUUAGAAAUAAAACUGUUCUUAAUUUAAGUACACAUGAGUCUUUAUUUUACUGUUUAUUGUAAUGUCAUUAUGUAACCACUGCACUGUAUUUUUUGGAAGGCUUGAUAAAUUAAUAGAGGUUCACACUUUUUUCUCUGCGGUAUGCUGCGAAUGACAUUUUCGACUUUUUGUGGUAAGCUAAGAUUCAUAUACAUGUCAAAGUACGUGUGUGCCUUUAAAUACAAUAAUUAAUAUCUAUUUUACUAUGCAAAUUGUGCAUAUCUUCAAUAUUAAUUAAUAAAUCUAACUUUCAACAAUGUCAAAUAAGUACUUCAUAAAUUACAAAUUGAUCAUGGAAAAUAUAUUUCUAUGGGCUAAAGAAAAUGAGUGCUUGCAUAUAUUCAAUUUAUGUUCAUGUUCAUAUAAUGUAUGUCCUUUAAUUUUUAAUUGUUAGUAAUGCGUGGCAGUGUAUGGCAUAUAUACCUAUGUACAAGUUUUGUACCUGUCGUGCAAUAUUAAUUAUUUAUUGUAACCUGUGAAUGCCAAUGUUGUUAGCAAUAAAAGAAAAUAGUAAAUUAAAAAGCUUUACGCUAACAACCUUCCAACCCAACAUAGUGAUUGUGUAUCCUCCGCAGUUUGGUAAUUUAAUGAUGGAUCAAUAACAGAAACAAUUUUUUAGGUUAGGAGUGUAGUUAUGAAUUUUUAUUAUGAGUAAAUCAAAUUCUAGUGAAAUAUGUACUUAUUUUACACUUGCCGACGCUCAGCGAGUUAGGUGCAAGUGAAUAUUCACGCAAAGGAUUAACUUUAACCACUAUGACUAAUCAUUUUAUGUCUAUGCAUAAAAAGAGUUAAGUGAAUAGAAAAAUAGUGAGAAAGAAAAAACAUCCUUUAUUUUCGAUAUUUAGUCUUCAAGUGUUAUAUCUUAUAUAUAAAAUUCUCGUGUCACAGUUUUCGUUGCCAUACUCCUCCGAAACGGCUUGACCGAUUUUGAUGAAAUUUUUUGUGCUUAUCCGGUAUCUAUGAGAAUCGGCCAACAUCUAUUUUUCAUCCCCCUAAAUGUUAGGGGUAGUCCACCCCUAAAUUUUUUUUUUAUUUCCAGUUUUUGGUAGGAAAUCACCAUGGCAACGGCUGUUGCUUUGUUGAUGCUUCAUUCGUCUAUAUGGCAACGGCUAUUUCAUUGUUAGUGCAGUCCUCAUCACCGUUGAAAUUUUGCAAGUACUUUAAAUAUCAAAAAUUGCCCUUUUUUUUCAAG